GCCGUCUGGCGGCCUUCGAGAUCUGAGAUCUGUAACGCCUCAUGGCCUUACUCUUGUCAAGGUCCUUUCUGGUGGUUUUGUUGCGGAUGGCACAGGGUUUUUACACCCACACUGACAGGGUUUGAAGCAGAGGGAACUUGGUCAUGAGUGGUUUUCGUGAUUUAUUGUCAAUAGCAUUUUUCAACAAUCAAGUAUGAUCUUUUAUAAUUUUUUGUUCAUGGGUAACAUGAUUUCAUCUUGACUGUUGAAAAAAUGCUCUUUGUAGUAAAUCACCAAAAUAUUGAUGACCAAGAUCUUGGAUUUGCUUCAUUCCUGUUCUAGCUGUUGUAGAAGCCCUUGUGCCAUCCAUAACUAAUUCACUAUCUUCAUAUUUAGAUAGCUUUGUAGUCUGCAUCUCUCUAAGGUAGGUAUGCAGUAAGGAAGCCACAAAUGAGUAAGGGAUCUAUUGGUCCACUCAUGGUCCAGAUCCCAUGUGUUAACGCCUUUUAUAUGUUGAUUCAUAGCAGUUUUUCUCUUCCUUUAUGAAUUUUAAGACUUAUUUUUACCUUUCAUCAAAUUUAUUGUCACUGUUCAGGAAUUUGUUACUGCUUAACUUAAUUAUUUUCCUCAUGUUCUUGCAUAGUUGGCUAAUCUAAUUAAGCUAUUGAAUAUUAAUUUGUACUGUCCUCGUUCUAAGCACUUGAUUGCUUGGAAGUUAGAAACCAUUCUUUUCUAUAUUUAUGCAAGCAGCUACUUUGGCACGAGGACCUUGGCAAGCUUUGCACAGAUGUGGCCCUGCAAUGCAAGGAGUCUGGCUUCGAUCAUAUUGUACAUUAUGAGAUCUGUAUGAAUAGCUGUCCAUUAUGAGCGAUGGGGAUGAAUUUCUUCUUCGCCAUGAAUAGGAACUGAUGGCACUAUUGGGAAUUACCUACAUCUCAAGCUUGAAACAAUCUUAUCAUGGUGGUCGUGGUCAUUCACACUCUCUUAUUGUUGAGAUAAUGUUGUAAUCCCCUUGGUGCGACUGCUGUGAUAAGUUCUGCACGGAUGUAAUCCUUCAAUGUCAAGAGUGUGGAUGCAAGUGAACUAUCUAUUUUGCUUGCAUUUGAUGUUGUCUUUAUAGCUUAAGAUGCUUGAGAAUGUAUAUGCAUUUGGAAAUCAGAAUUUUCUUUGAUUAGAUGUGUUUUAAGUGCUGUUGUAAAUUAGCCACACGGUUAAUUCACAAUUUUA